AUGUCCAUUGACAUUCCCGGCGGAAAACCGCACUUUCACCUCACCUUUUCGAAAGUUCAAGAUCUGCGGUAUGUGCAGGAGCUGAUCCGCGAUGUAGCUCUGGUCCUCAUCUCCCAAACAAAGAUUCUGAGGGGACUCCGAGCGCUUAUCGACCAGUUGGCUUUGACCUCGCGCAUGCAUUGCGAGAGACAGCAUCUAAGAUAUCUGAGCCGGGAGCUGGAUGCAUGUGAGUCCCAAGCCUCUCUGAAGCGUGCUUGGGCGACAGACAUGCUGGAACGUUCCCAACAGGCUGCAGACAUGAUCACCUGCCUCCUUAAUGCAGCAUACACUCAAGCACUGAUUUCGAACAAUGUGCAUAUGGGCAAACUCGCAGAGUCCUCGCAGCAUGACAGCAAACUGGCACUGGGAAUUAGCAGAGCCAUGAAACAGGAUUCGUCCAUGAUGAAAUUUCUCGCCAUGCUUGCUGUCAUCUACGUGCCAGCAACCUUCGUGGCGACCAUUUUCAGUACAGGCUUCGUCAAUGCCACCCUGGGCACCGUUGAUGCCCCUGAUCAACAUCGUAUUUUUGUGCAAGCUGGAAUUUACACAGCCACGUCAGUCAUACUCACCUGCGCCACUCUGCUGAUUCCCUGCUUGUUGAGGGCGGGAUUUCGGGCGUGA